AUGACCAGAAUGCUCAGAAGCUUUUCUCGUUGUGAUGACAACGUACUAGAGCUGGGAUAUGGUCGCGGCAAUGCGAUUCAAUACUCUUUUGAUAAAGUAGCUGAAGGCAAAGGUGUGAUAUUUGGAAUUGAUAGAUCGCCGUAUAUGCAAGAUUGUGUUUUGCAUCGAUUUGCCCUAGAAAUAGCUGAGACGGGGAGGAUUAGGCUUGAUCAUGCCCCAGAUCUGCGUAAUUUACCGUAUCCUUCUGGAGUUUUCAACCACAUUUUCCAUGUAGAUUUCUUUUACUUCAUUCAUCAAGAUGUUAUAAACGAUGUAUGUAGGGAACUUUGGCGGGUAUUGAGACCUGGAGGGACGAUGGUUUGUGGAAUGCAAUUCAAUAGAUUGAAGAAUUUGUCGCGUUGGGGAUUACUUGAAGAAUCUCAGUGGGAUCCUAUGCGGUAUAUGACGGGUCUUGAACCAGCUGGCUUUACGGAUGUGCGGAUCGAUUAUAAAUCAGAUGGCAAAAUUGGUGAAUAUCAGCUAAUUACAGCAAGGAGACCAGAAAUAGAUGAGGUUAGGAACAUCUCCUAUUUUUAACC